AUGUCUAACACAUCCAAAAGUCCAGAACCAGCCCCGAUCAAUGUCAGGGACAUAAAGGACAUCGCGAAAUCGAAGCUAAGCUCUGCGGUGUGGCAGUACUACACGACGGGCGCAGAGGAAGAAUGCACCUUGGAACGGAACUCGCUUGUUAUCCGUCCACGUGUUUUGCGAGACGUUAGUAAGAUCAACACGAGGACUACAAUCUUCGGCAAAACUUAUGACAUACCCAUCGCCAUCGCCCCAACUGCCUACCAGAAGCUCGUGGGCAACGAUGGCGAGGUAGGCUUGACCAGAGCAAGUCACGCGCUGGGAAGCAACUUUAUCCUGUCGUCGAACGCAACGACAUCUCUCGAAGACGUCAUGAGCGCUCUGCCCCAGAGGGCCAAUCAUUACCCGCGUCCAUGGUUCCAGCUUUAUUUCCUCCGCUCACGUGAAGUCACCGCCCGUGUCAUACGCCGAGCAGAGACUGCCGGGUACGAGGCUCUAGUCUUGACCGUCGACACGGUAGUGCUUGGCAACAGGUACCUCGAACGUAAGCAGCCUCUCACGCUCCCCGCAGGUCUGCGCAUGGCGAAUCGGGAGGGCGCCAACGCUGGGGGAGUCACGAAAGGGAGACUCAUGCUGAAUGCGCGAACGGCAAAGGAGCACGAAAAGGUCAUGCGGGAGCAUGGCGACUUGAUUGUUGAUCCAGGCCUGACCUGGGACGAGACAAUACCAUGGCUUCGCUCGCAGACUCGCAUGAAGAUAGUCGUCAAGGGGAUUAUGACGGGAGAAGAUGGCGCGAAGGCAGUCGAGGCAGGCGUCGACGGCAUCAUCGUCUCCAACCAUGGAGGGCGGCAGCUCGACGGAGUCCCUUCGACACUGGAGGUGCUGCCAGAACUCGUCGUGGCAGUCAAGGGUCGGAUACCUGUAAUGUUCGACGGAGGAGUCAGCCGCGGAAGUGAUGUGUUCAAGGCCAUCGCUCUCGGCGCCGACCUGUGCUUCAUUGGGAGAGCGUCACUCUGGGGCCUCGCCUACAAGGGACAAGAAGGCGUGGAGACAGUCCUGCAUAUACUGGAGAGGGAGUUGUCGCGCACAAUGGCCUUGGCAGGUGCAAUGUCUCUUGAUCAUAUCUCCAAGGACAUGCUUGGGGUUGCCAGAAGGGAUGGCUUUGGGAUCUCGAGGCUAUAA